CGAAGAAAAUCGACAGCAGCUGCAGAAGGAACUUCAGCAGAUUUUACUGCGACGGAGUGAACAUGACAAAUCCGUGCGCACAAAACUACGGCAAAAAUACCAAAGUUUUCUGGAUGAGCAGGAGCGGCGCAAUGAACGCAAUCAGAUGCUGGUGCAAAUGCUCGAGCGAAUAGAUGAGCAAUCGGCUGCUUUAUCGGCACGUAGCGAGAGACUCAAAGGGAUGAAGCUUCAAUACGAGCGCUAUUUUUCGAAAUUAAUGCAAACACAACCUGUGCGCUGCAUACAAAAUGCGACUGUAACCACUGGCGUUGGAGCGGAGGUCAUGUCAAUGCAAACAACAAUGUCAGCCGCGGCACAAAUACCC